CACGUUUACUAAUAUAAAACCUUGUUGUUACUUUCUACUCUCAGGAGCCCGCAAAUAUAAUACUCAAUAUCUUGCGUUCAUUUUUACAAGAUUGUCUAGUUAUCAAAAAUUUUGAAUGAGGUCAAUUCAGUAUUCAACGUUAAUAUUAUUGUAAUCGUUUCUGAUAAAAUGUCUCAGCAAUUUGUAGGAUGUAUGGUAUCAAUAAAAUGCACUGAUGAUUUGGGUACUUUUCAAGGUCAAAUUGUGAAUUUUAAUCGGCAAACAGUCACAAUUACAAAAGCUUUCAAAGAUGGGGUACCCCAUCCAUCGCAACAGGUUACCAUUAAUGCUAAAGAUAUUCAAAAUUUAGAAAUAAUUUCCACUGAAGAAGCAGGAAACAAAGAUGUACAAAUGCACAGUAAAGUAACUGUAAAAAGGCCGAUAGCAAAGCGUGCUAACCGAUCAAUUUCUGAAUGCAUCCCAACAACUACCUCAUCUACGGCUAAUCAACUCCAAUCAAAUUACAAAAAACCUACUGAACCAUCUCAACCAGAUUCGUCAUCUAAUGGAAGAGUUGCUUCUGCUGAGAUAAACACCAAGUUCAAUCAAAAAAGAGCCUCACAACGUCAAAGAUGGCAAGAAAGAGAUGAACAAGCUUUUGGAACACCGAUUGAUCAAUCAAUGAAUCAAGAUUUUGAUUUUGAAAAAAAUUUAGCACUAUUUAAUAAAGAGGCUGUGUGGGAAGAAUUAAAUUCUUUAAAACCAGAUAUAGUUCGACAAUCAGAAACGAAUAGAGGCAAAUACCGUCAUGAUGAAAAUAUUAUAGUAUCCAAGCCUACAACAUAUAGACAAAUAAUAGUACCUCUAAGUGAUGAACGUGAAUAUGCCACAGAUGAUGGACUAGUGAUACCAAGCAUUACAGUUGAGCUUCAUCGACAAUUAAUUGGAGCAGCUGAUCGGCUUGGAAUUAGCUGGGAAAGAAGAGUUGAAUUAUUAGGAAGAGCUGGCACUGAAAUUAUUAUUCAACUAUUAGGAGGAGCACAUCGAUUGAACCCAAAAAAUGCUCAUCAAUGGCCAACAAUUGUUGCACUUUGUGGACCUCAUCGUUCAGGUGCUGCUGGAGUUAAUUGUGCUCGACAGCUUUCAACACAUGGUAUAAAAACAGUAGUUUAUGUCGAAAAUUCAGAAAACGUCUCUUUACUUCAAGAACUCUCGUUAUAUAAAAUGACGGGAAACAAAGUUGAGAUGAAAAUGGAUAAAUUAGCGUCAAUAAGCUCAGUUGAUCUGAUAAUAUUAGCACUUUUUGACGAACAUUCAUCGAAAAAUAGCACACCUACAGUUGCUAAAUGGGUCAACAGCAAUAAGGCUCCUGUCCUCGCAAUUGAACCUCCGUCUACGGGCACUCCGGGUAUCUUAAGUAAAUUUAGUCUCGUUGGGGGAUUACCUUUAUCGCAUAGCCCAGAUAACGGGCGACUAUACCUUUGUAAUUUGGCAUUGCCAAAUAAAGUUUUUUCUGAUGUUGGAAUUACUUAUAGAUCACCUUUCGGUCCUAAAUUCGUUAUUCCACUUCAUUGUGAUGAUUCGUAAUAGAAUUACGUGAAAUAUUAUUUUAUCCAAAACAAAAUAUUGAAAAAAUAGUGAUAUAUUACAU